AUGGAGUGCAGAACAUUUGACCUAACCGUCUCAUCAGCAACGGACGUUAAGGACGUCCGGCUACUUGGCAAGACGGAAGUACACGCCAGGAUUUCCAUCGCUGGCUCACCGGAUGCGGAAAGGCGAACUCCGACGGACACCCACGGGAAGACAAACCCAGCGUGGAAUUUCACGACCAACUACACCGUGUUCGAGUCCAUGCUGAUGAACUCCAACACGGUGCUUGUGGUGAAACUCUACUGUACGAGGAGCAUGGGAGACAGGUAUAUCGGAGAAGUCAACAUGACACUCAAAGAGCUGUUUGAACGUGCGGAACCUGACAAAGUUGCCGCCAAAAAAGGUAGCAAAGAAUUUGAACUGCAUGAAGGAGAAGCUAUUAACCGUGGUCGAAGCGCGAUGCUGGCUCUUCCAUUGCAGAAGGGAAGUGUUAAAUCUCAGGGGACUUUGAUUAUUUCUUACAGCUUCAGUGAGAAGGUCACCAUAACUAAGCUGCUCAUGGCUACUGUUGCUACCCGGAUGCUCUCUCCUCUUCAUCAUUAUGGAUGA